UCAACUUUGGUUUUCACCAGGUAUGGCAGCUCUGGAAUGAAGAUAGAGCUUUAGAGUUGAUAGAUCCUAGUAUGGAUGAAUUUUGCCCUCAUGAUCAAAUAUUAAGAUGCAUUCAUAUUGGCCUCCUGUGUGUGCAAGAUCAUGCCAUUGAUAGACCCACCAUGUCUGAUAUUGUUUCAAUGCUUUCAAAUGAAACAAUGCCGCUGCCAAAACCAAAACAACCAGCAUUUUUCACUGACACCAGAUUUGAGGAAAACACUGGUGUUCCUGAAAUUAAGUCGGAGAACUGUUCCAUAAAUCAUGUGACAAUUUCUGAUAUGGAAGCUAGAUGAUUGUUGUCUGGGGUUACGGAGGUGCUAUUAUUAGAGUUGUUUAUGUAAGGAUUUUAUAGUUCGAUUCCAUUCAGGGUGCUAUUAUGUUUGUUUCUACACUAAUGUCUUUAUAGUCUAUCAACUGUAUACUGAAUAGUGAAGUUAUUCAUAUUUACCUCAGGAAAGCAUUAGCAGAUCCAACAUAAUGAAUCUAUCUAGAAGAAAUGGGUUAAUUUUUG